UGUCUUCCCGCAGUUGAGAGGUUGUGUAACGCUCAGAGAUUGUGAUUGGGCACAGGACAGUUAUACAAUGGAGUGAGCCCAACCAGCUUAUAAAAAUCCUCCUUCGCUAUGUCUGCAUCCUUUCAGGCUGCAGCUUGCAGCUCGCGUCUUGCUCUCAGCAUAGGCUGCAAGGAAAGAGGUGGAGGAAUUGCCUGGGACGGGCUCUAGAAGUCGGUGCAGGUUUCUGGAGGUGCCAUUGAUGCUAAUGAUACUUAAAAAAGCAGCCCCGAUGCCCCAGCUGGAUUACUGAGCACUUCAGAGAUACCUGGACGUGCUGCUGUGGAAAUAAGGAAUUGUCCUUAGUCCUUGGCCUCUCAGCCCAGAGCAUCCCCUUGGGGACUGUAUGCAAGUCCUUGACGUUCUGGAAACGAUGGGGAUUGGUAAGAAUACCACUUCAAAAUCGGUGGAGGCAGGAGGCUCGACGGAAGGCAAAUAUGAGGAUGAAACUAAACAUCCCACCUUUUUCACCCUGCCUGUUGUCAUAAAUGGUGGAGCAACAUCCAGCGGUGACCAGGAUACAGAAGACACCGAGCUGAUGGCCAUCUAUACCACAGAAAAUGGCAUAGCAGAGAAGAGCUCUUUGGCAGAGACACUGGACAGCAGCGGCAGUUUAGAUGCCCAGAGAACUGACAUGAUUUACACCAUCGAAGAUGUCCCUCCCUGGUAUCUCUGCAUAUUUUUGGGGUUACAGCAUUACUUGACAUGCUUCAGUGGAACUAUAGCAGUGCCCUUUCUGCUAGCUGAUGCCAUGUGUGUUGGAUUUGACCAGUGGGCUACCAGCCAGUUGAUUGGGACCAUUUUCUUCUGUGUGGGCAUCACUACAUUGCUGCAAACAACUUUUGGGUGCAGGUUACCCUUGUUUCAAGCGAGUGCUUUUGCAUUCUUAGCACCUGCUAGAGCAAUACUGUCCCUGGAGAAGUGGAAGUGUAAUAACACAGAUCUAACAGUUACAAACGGAACAACAGAACUGCUUCACACCGAGCACAUCUGGUAUCCCAGAAUACGAGAGAUCCAAGGUGCUAUUAUCAUGUCCUCCCUGAUAGAAGUGGUGAUCGGUUUGCUCGGCCUUCCUGGCGCCCUGUUACGAUACAUUGGACCUCUGACCAUCACACCCACUGUUGCUCUCAUCGGCCUCUCUGGUUUCCAAGCUGCUGGAGAAAGAGCAGGCAAACACUGGGGUAUCGCUAUGCUGACUAUUUUCCUAGUAUUGUUGUUUUCUCAAUAUGCCAGAAAUGUCAAGUUUCCUUUACCCAUUUACAAAUCCAAGAAGGGAUGGACAGCAUACAGGCUGCAGCUCUUCAAGAUGUUCCCUAUUAUCUUAGCUAUUUUGGUGUCGUGGUUGCUUUGCUUCAUCUUCACUGUGACAGACGUCUUUCCCCCUGACAGCUCCAAGUACGGCUUCUACGCUCGCACAGACGCACGCCGGGGAGUGCUGUUGGUAGCUCCGUGGUUCAAGGUUCCUUAUCCUUUUCAGUGGGGACUGCCAACAAUUUCAGCUGCUGGAGUAAUAGGAAUGCUCAGCGCCGUUGUUGCCAGCAUUAUUGAAUCAAUAGGAGAUUACUAUGCCUGUGCCAGGUUGUCCUGUGCUCCUCCUCCACCUAUUCACGCAAUAAACAGAGGGAUUUUUAUUGAGGGUCUCUCCUGUGUUCUGGAUGGAGUGUUUGGGACAGGGAACGGAUCAACUUCUUCCAGCCCUAACAUUGGUGUCUUGGGCAUCACAAAGGUUGGAAGUCGCAGGGUGAUUCAGUAUGGAGCAGCCUUCAUGCUCCUGCUUGGGAUGGUUGGCAAGUUCAGCGCUCUCUUUGCAUCGCUGCCUGACCCCGUGCUCGGUGCCCUCUUCUGCACUCUCUUUGGGAUGAUCACAGCCGUGGGUCUGUCUAACCUCCAGUUCAUCGACUUAAAUUCUUCUCGGAACUUGUUUGUCCUUGGAUUUUCCAUUUUCUUUGGACUUGUCCUUCCAAGCUAUCUCAAACAAAAUCCACUGGUCACAGGCAUAGCAGGCAUCGAUCAAGUCCUAAACGUCCUCCUCACUACAGCCAUGUUUGUCGGUGGCUGCGUGGCGUUUAUCUUGGAUAACACAAUUCCAGGAAGCCCUGAAGAAAGAGGAAUACAGAAAUGGAAGAAAGGGGUUGGUAAAGGAAGCAAGUCACUGGAUGGCAUGGAAACAUACGAUUUGCCUUUUGGCAUGAACUUCAUUAAGAAAUACAGGUGUUUCAGCUUCCUGCCCAUCAGCCCAACCUUCAUGGGUUACACAUGGAAAGGCUUCAGGAAAAGCAGUAACUGCAGGAGUUCAGAUGAAGACUCAGAAGCUACAGUAUAGCCUUAGCUGAAAUUCUAUUAUCUAGUUGUAGUAAAAGAUGUAUUUGCGGUUUCUUGCUGAUUAAGAAGCAUUAAAAUAUAUGUUUUGUAUAUCUGCAUUUAAAUUCUGGAACCAGAGCUGAGACAGAUUUAAAAGAGAAAAAAAAAAAGCUUUCCUGUUGUGGGUGGUGGCACCAGAUGUAGUGUCUCUGGGUCAAAUCUGCUGAUGCUCCUCUGGGUGAUUCUCAAAAGCUAGAGAUCCUUGCUCACCUAGGCCUGGUUAUUUGAAGUGGGGCUUAGUUUUCCCUAAGUAUGGAGGUGCUAUUGACAGAUGUUCCUACUUACGGUGAUUGAUGUAAGUCAUUGGUGUUUUUGGCACAUUCAUUGCUGGCAAUGGUAGUUAUGCCAGAAAAUCUGAAUCCAGUGAGAGCAGGGGAGGGGUGGAUUUACUUCUAGUCUUGUCACAUCCCAUACAUGUUGUUUUCUACGCAUUGAUUUGCACAUUCCAUGUUUUCAGCCCCUUGGAAACCAAGCUCUGUUGAUCCUGGCAAGUCAUGAGGGUGUUCCUUUGAAUUACUGUUAAUUCAGUCCAUGUCCAGUGUUCAGACAGAAAGUUUCUGUGAUAACUUUGCCAAUGAAAACGACUGACUUCUCAUAGCUUAAAGCUGUAGAAGGAGCCACUUACUUCAUCUCAGUUUGCCUUUUCUGCCUGGCAUUUAACCACCUGAUGAGAGUGGCCAGGGCAGGUUUCCUUUAAAGGAUCACAUGUAGCUUCGGUUUUAGAGAGAUGGAAAACUUCAGGCUUCCAGAUGGAGCCCAGCAACAGUUUUUGCAGCCCAAUGCCUGUAUCCAGCAGGACAUUUCCUGGAUAAAAAUGCUCAUUUGUUGAGCAGUUUUAAGCAGUUAACGUGUGUAUCCACGCUGCUCUUCAUACAGGGUAAGCCACAUGGUCGCAGCGCUGCCGGCGUUCCCUGGUUUGGAUCUGUGCUGAAUAUUCCCAAUUGGAUAUCAAGAGACGGUGCUGCCUACAAGCAGCUUAUGUUGCAUUGCCUUUUCUUCUCUCUUUAUGGGGCUUCUGACUGCUGCAGAGGUGAUCUCGAGACACUCCAUUUGAUGUCCUCACCCACUGGAUGGUUUCACGGGUAUUGGGUCCAGUCAGGGCACCAUUCAGAUCUUUUUUUUUUCCUGGAAUAGUCUCAGCUCUGAUGUUAUGUGGGUGUUCAUGCUCAUCAUGCAUUCAUAAUUAAAAGUUUUAUUCAUGUUUAA